ACGGCAAACCCUUUCCUUUCAACGCUCCACUCACGAGGUAGGCAUCGUUUUUAGUUCCCCUGAUGAUAGUUACUCUUCAGUUAAUUUUUGGUUAUCUGUUUUGGAAGAAGCCUGCAAAAAAUAAAAUGUCAAAUACCGAAAGAACAUUCAUUGCUAUUAAGCCCGAUGGUGUCCAACGUGGACUUGUGGGUAAAAUCAUUCAGAGAUUUGAAGAAAAAGGCUUCAAAUUGGUUGCUAUGAAAAUGAUUCAAGCAAGCCAGGCUCAUCUUGAAGAACAUUACGCUGAUUUAAGCAAGAAACCUUUCUUUCCCGGUCUUGUAAAGUACAUGGGUUCGGGGCCCGUUGUUGCUAUGGUUUGGGAAGGCUUGGGCGUGGUUAAAACUGGAAGAGUAAUGCUUGGAGAGACAGAUCCAGCGAAAUCUUUGCCAGGAACCAUCAGGGGUGACUAUUGCAUACAUGUGGGGCGAAACAUUUGUCAUGGAUCAGAUGCGGUUGAUUCUGCAAACAAAGAAAUCAAGCUUUGGUUUAAGGACGCUGAACUUUCAGACUAUAAAAGUUGUGAAAGUGACUGGCUUUACGAAUAAUUUCUCCAUCCAUCAGAAUUAGUAUUAUUGUUAGCAAGUGUCUAUUAUUGUUUUUUGGUUCAAUAAUCCAUGUAGAUAUUUUCAUUUUAGUUACCAGCACAAAGAAAAUCAUUUUCCCACAUUCAGACAUUUAUUGCAAUAUCUAAAUACAGAAAUAUAGACAAAACACAGUUAUAUCUUGUUACUUUUGCCGCUAUUUAUCUUGAACUAAUUACUCAAUUUGUUUUGUGUUCAAACGGAGACAAUAAUUUGAAAAUAAUUGAUUUGGUUCGUUCUGUAGUUUGCAAUCUCAGACAAAUGCUUAUUUAUGUUGUUAUUGUAGUUUUGUUGCUGCUUAUUUUUCCCGAAAGUCACUUUGCACUGCAUAAGUAAUUUAGUACUUAGUUCUAAUUUAAUUGUUUCUCAAACAAUGGGUAAUCAUGUUUUUCAAAUACUAAACUAAUUAAUACUGUCGACGCUUGUUUCAAUUUAUUGAAUCACUUGUUAUUCUAUAUCAAUACCCAAAGUUCAGUUCACAAUUAUUUAUAUUAUGUUCACUCUUGAAUCAUUUAG